UGACAAUUCCAACAAAGGUUGGUAUGUAGUGAGGAAGACUCAACCUCGUGAUUCCUAUGAGAUUGUGAAACAAAUGGAUGAUGUUAUUGUAGACUUAGGAAAUCCUUCUCAAAAGAAACGAAAAAGAACUGAUGAGGUUCAAUAUGAAACCAUUAAAGACUGAUGAAGUGGGAUCAACUAUGAAGACUACUACCAGAUAUGCAUUCGUCGCGCUAGGUGCUAUAGGUGCUAUAGGAAAGGGACGAGGACGAGGAGGGCUUAGAUCUUUGAUUGAGAAAGAGCAUAUGCCAAUUAAGAGUUUAUUUCCUCAAUCUAGUGAUGUAGUUAAGCAAUACAUCCAAGAAAUUGAAACAAGUGCUACAGGGAAGGGACAAGGAGAAGGGCUUAAAAAAUCCACGAUUUCUUCUAGUCAAGGAAUGAGAAUGAUACAUAAAAAUUCCAUGGUUCUUGAGAAAGAGUAUAUGCAAACUAAUUGUCCAUUGCCUCCAUCCACUGAUCAAGUUAAGCAAUACACCCAAAAAGUUGAAACAAGUGCUACAGGGAGGGGACAACGACAAGGGCUUAAAAGCUCUACCAUGUCUGCUUGUCAAGGAAUGGAAGCGAUACAUGAAAACUCCAUGGUUCUUGAGGACGAGUAUAUGCAAAUUGAUAGUCUAUUGCCUCCAUCUACUGAUCAAGUUAAUCACUACACCCAAAAAAUUGAAACAAGUGCUACAGGGAAGGGACGAGGACUGGGUCAUAAAAACUCUACGAUGUCUUCUAGUCAAGGAAUGGGAAUGAUACAUAAAAAUUCCAUGGUUCUUGAGAAAGAGUAUAUGCAAACUGAUAGUCCAUUGCUUCCAUCCACUGAUCAAUUUAAGCAAUCCACCCAAAAAGUUGAAACAAGUGCUAUAGGGACAGGACGACGACAAGGGCUUAAAAACUCUACCAUGUCUACUUGUCAAGGAAUGGGAACGAUACACGAAAAAUCCAUGGUUCUUGAGGAAGAGUAUAUGCAAAACGAGGUGGAAUCUUUCCACAAGAAUGCUAUUUAUGCUAAUCAACGUAUGCAUACUCCUUCUAAAAGCACAAGAUCAAAUUCUGCAAUGGAUAAAAACCCCUUGAUUCUUGAGAAAGAGCAUAUGCAAACAAAUAUUUCAGUGCCUCUAUCUACUGAUCAAGUUAUGCAACACUCCCAAACAGCUGAAACAAUUGGUUCAUCUAAUCCUAGGAAAGUAAAAAGAGUUCGAGGGAGGAACAAGUGCAAAGAAGUUGCAUCACUUGAAGUUGGACAAAAGCUAAAAUUAACUUUUUACAAUAAUCGAACGGUUGGAACAAAUGGCAAUCUGUUUUCGAGGCACUUGGGAAGAAUAGUUCGUGACCGUAAUAUAUGUCCAUUGGGAGUAUCAUCGUGGAAUGACAUUAAGCAAGAAAAGUUGAAUCACAUGUGGGCAGCUGUUGAGGAUAAGUUUGAGAGUGUGGACAUGAAUGAUCAUCGUGAUCAUAUCUUGGAAUGGAUGAAAGAGUUAUGGAACAAAUGGAGAGGAUACUUGGAUGCAAACUAUGUGAAGAAUAAACCAAUCCAACAGGCUCUUAAGAAUAUUCCAAAGGGAGUAGACAAGAAAGAAUGGGAGUGGUUAGUAAAAGAACAUUUUACUUCAGAAAGUUUUCAGGCGAGAAGCACCAGGAAUGCAGCAAAUCGAGCUAAGUUGAAGAUGCCUCAUCAUAUUGGUAGCAAGCCUAUUCGAGAGAUUAUUUAUCAAAAGGGCGGGAAAUAUGGCAAUCCACCAGAUUUGGGGACUGUUUUCUUUGAGACUCGUAAGAAAGAUAACAAGCUUAUUGAACCUGAAGCAAUUGAAAAACAUGCUCAGAUCAAAGAAAUGGUUCAAUCAGAGCCAUCUCUAUCUAGCAUAGAGAUUGUAGAAAAAUGUUGUGGCCCUCAAACUCGUAGCCAUGUGUUUGGCUUUGGGGGUGGAGUAAAGGCGAAAGACUUGAAAGGUGGCACUUCUUCAAAGGCUGAAUUAUUGUCUGUGCUACGAUCAACUCAAGAGGAAAACAAAUCCUUGAAUGACAAAAACAAGUCCUUGAAUGAUCGCUUGUCUGCCUUAGAAGAUGAAAUGAAAGAAAUGAAGAAAAUGAAAGAAUUCUUUACUGCUCAACAGUCACAUGUCCCGCCUAUGACAUCAAGUUUCAUCCGAAUGACCACCGUUUUUACUCGACUAAGUUAG